AUGCUAGUUGGUUCUCAGUACUGAGAUGACCCAAUCCAGGAACAAAGAAAUGAGUUCCUCAGUUGGUGUUUUUGGGAUGUGGAUGGAGAAGGGUCACAGUCCUCACUGAGUGAGACCCCCCUGCUCCCUGGCCCUGUCCUCUCUGAGCUCCAGCAUGGUGUGUCUGCGGCUCCCCGGAGGCUCCUGGAUGGCCGCUCUGACGGUGAUGCUGAUGGCACUGAGCCCUCCCCUGGCUCGGGCCAGGAACACUCCACCGCAUUUCCUGGAGCAGGUUAAACAGGAGUGUCAUUUCUCCAACGGGACCGAGCGGGUGCGGUACCUGCUGAGAUACAUCUACAACGGGCAGGAUUACGUGCUCUUCGACAGCGACUUGGGGGAGUUCCAGGCGGUGACCGAGCUGGGGCGGCCUGAAGAGAAGCACUGGAACAGCCAGGAGGGCCUCCUGGAGGAGAAGCGGGGCUAUGUGGUCACGCUCUGCAGACACAACUACGUGGAGUUUGAGAGAUUCCUGGUGCAUCGGCAAACUGAGCCCACAGUGACUGUGUAUCCUGCAAAGACCCAGCACCUGCAGCACCACAACCUCCUGGUCUGCUCCGUGAAUGGCUUCUAUCCGGGCCACAUUGAGGUCCGCUGGCUGCGCAACGGCCAGGAAGAGGAGGCUGGGGUGGUGUCCACGGGCCUGAUCCGGAACGGGGAGUGGACCUUCCAGACCCUGGUGAUGCUGGAAACAGUUCCUCGGAGCGGGGAGGUCUACACCUGCCAAGUGCGGCACCCCAGCAGCACCAGCCCUGUCACCGUGGAAUGGAGGGCCCAGUCUGGAUCCACACAGAGCAAGGUGCUGAGUGGAGCAGGGGGUUUCGUGCUGGGGUUGCUCUUCCUCGGGACGGGGCUGCUCACCUACUUCAGGGCUCAGAAAGGACACUCUGGACUUCAGCCCACAGGACUCCUGAGCUGAGGUGGCCAUGGCGACAAGGACAGGAGAGAACCUUCUGUCAGGCCCCUUCACAGCUUGAAGAGGUUUCCUGCUGGGCUCUCACUCCACAAGGAGAGCGAAUCCCACGGCUCUGGCUGGGUCCUGGCUCCUGAGCCCGCAGCCGCUCCUCCCUGCUGGUUCCUCUCCUGCCCUGGACCUGGAGGCCCCAGUGUUGGCUGCAGAACCUUAUCUCCAUCCCUCCCUGUCCCUGUGUGUUCAACUCUCGCUGUCUGCUGAGCACCUUAGCUCACCUCUGCCCACAUUUCUUUACAAAAUGUUCCGCAAU